CCCCCCUGCUCCCGUGCGUCGUGGACGGCGGCACCGGGUAUACUAAGCUGGGAUAUGCAGGGAAUACAGAACCGCAAUUCAUUAUCCCGUCAUGCAUUGCAAUAAGGGAGUCGGCCAAAGUGGGAGAUCAGGCCCAGAGGAGGGUGAUGCAGGGAGUGGAUGAUCUAGACUUUUUCAUUGGAGAUGAAGCCAUAGAUAAACCUACCUAUGCUACAAAGUGGCCUAUACGACAUGGCAUCGUAGAAGACUGGGAUCUUAUGGAAAAGUUCAUGGAGCAGGUUAUUUUUAAAUAUCUUCGAGCCGAACCGGAGGAUCACUACUUCUUAAUGACUGAGCCACCCUUGAACACUCCUGAAAACAGAGAAUACCUUGCAGAAAUCAUGUUUGAAUCUUUUAAUAUACCAGGACUUUACAUCGCUGUUCAGGCGGUGUUAGCCUUAGCUGCCUCUUGGACUUCGCGGCAGGUUGGAGAGCGGACCUUAACAGGGACUGUUGUUGACAGUGGAGAUGGUGUGACUCAUGUAAUUCCAGUGGCAGAAGGCUACGUAAUUGGCAGUUGCAUCAAACAUAUCCCGGUUGCGGGUCGAGAUAUUUCCUAUUUCAUUCAGCAGCUUCUAAGGGAGAGGGAGGUGGGAAUCCCGCCCGAGCAAUCGUUGGAAACUGCUAAGGCCAUAAAGGAAAAGUACUGCUAUAUUUGCCCUGACAUAGUCAAAGAAUUCGCGAAGUAUGAUUUGGAUCCACGUAAGUGGAUUAAGCAAUACACAGGCAUCCAUGCAAUCAACAGAAAUAAAUUUGUUAUAGAUGUUGGCUAUGAAAGGUUCCUUGGUCCAGAAAUCUUCUUUCAUCCGGAGUUUGCCAACCCAGACUUUAUGGAGUCCAUUUCUGAUGUUGUCGAUGAAGUUAUUCAGAACUGUCCUAUUGAUGUCCGGCGUCCCUUAUAUAAGAAUGUGGUUCUUUCAGGAGGAUCCACAAUGUUCAGGGAUUUUGGACGCCGGCUGCAGAGAGACUUGAAAAGGGUCGUGGACGCCCGACUGAAGGCUAGUGAAGAGCUCAGCGGAGGCCGGAUAAAGCCCAAGCCGGUGGACGUGCAAGUGAUAAGUCACCAUAUGCAGCGCUACGCAGUCUGGUUUGGAGGUUCCAUGCUCGCAUCCACACCAGAGUUCUUCCAAGUAUGUCACACCAAGAAAGAUUAUGAAGAGUAUGGCCCUAGCAUUUGCCGUCAUAAUCCUGUCUUUGGAGUUAUGUCCUAGCGCCUGUUUCGGGUAGAAGUAUCCGCUCUAUUGUCUGCUGU